AUGCCAUUAGCGAGAACUGACAAACAGCUAAAUGCUGUUUUGGUACAAUUAUGGCAGAAAUUAAAGCCUGAACAGCAGUUUCAGAAGCUGCCACCUAAGAAAGGUCCUCACAUGAACCAGAACCAGGUGUUGGAGAGUCUUCUGGAGCACAUAGAAGGACACCUUAGUCUGCAGCAUGUAGAAUGCAUCAUGAAAGCCUCCCGAGUGACACUAAGGGCACAAUACCCCAUUGCUGGAGGAUCAGGAAUUGGCCAAACCCUGAUCCAGGGUGGCCCAGUCCACUACCCUGCACAAGUGGUUUCUUUGUAUCAGCUCCCAGAAAAACUGCUCACACUGAAAUCUUUGUCUGAGUCUCCUACUGGAGGAAACCGAAUAUAUGUGAAGGUGUUGGACAAUAUAACUGGAGUUAUACAAACUAUACUGUUUUGUAUCUGGUUUCUUUUGCUCAACAUUGUGUUUGUGGAGUAUGCUUAUGUCAUUGCAUGUGGCCAUCAGGUGGCGCUCGGGGCAUCACUGGCAGUUCCAAGGUGCAACGCUUUGAAGGAAAUGGAUUUAAUUAAAACUUCUGAGUCAGACUGUUACUGUUACCAUCAAAAACCCCAAAUUGAGUGGAAAUACGUAUGGUCAACUGUGCAGGUAAAGAUCACCAGUGCAGAUCUGCCCAGUAUUGCGUAUAUCACAGAAAGACACAUUUGCCAGCACCCAGAAACCACUCUUUCUGUUAUCAAGUGUGCAAUCCACACAUUCUGGACCCCGAGUGAGUCUCGUGAAAUAGCCACGAACAUCUGUCCACAUGGGGAGACUGUGUGCUUCUUUGUGAAAUCGGCCAGAAGGCAUACAGUACACGUAACAACUCACAGCGUUGUGGAUUUCAGGCUCAUCCUUCUGUUUGUGGCCAGCAUAGUCCUCUUCAGUCAUGCAGAGCGCUUGAACCAAAGCCCCAUUUUUUAUUACUGCCUGGUGACGGCGCUGGGAGACCUGACAACACCGGUCUUCCUCCUGCUGCUGGCGAGAAGGUGCAUCCCUAAGUAUAGCACCUUUGGGGCUGUAAUGGUUAGUUGUUGGUUUGCUUCAGUGUGUGUGGUGUGCCAGUGGAUGGAGAACCUGCUGUGGCUGUGGUGUGAGCACAGGAUGUAUGUUGUAGGCUUCCUCUUGACAGUUGGGUCCCUCAGCUUUGCUGCCUGUUACAGACAUGGGCCUCUGGCCAAGGAGAGGAGCCAGCGCCUCCUGGCGUGGACGCUGUGGAUCCAGUGA